AUCAAAAGUAUAAGCUUUCAUUUGAUAAUAUUAAAGGUUCUAUUUCUGUACCUCUGUUUUUUGUCAUUUGGUUGAAUUUCUUUUGUUCGAUUCGAUUGUCAACACAAACUUGAAUAGAAAACUCUUUCCAGCUUUGAAAAUUGAAUCUAUCUGGUCUGAUCAAAUUAAUCCAAUGCAAAAGGUAAUUUAAUAGCUCCAUUUAUUGAGUGAUUCGUUUAAAAAAUUGAUUCGAUUGUUCUUUAAAAGAAAUGGAUGGAAGUUCUGAAGGAUUAAAUGAUUCUGGUAACAAUUUGGCUGUUGCUGAAGAGAAGCUUGAUGAACUCCGGCGUCUUCUUGGCAAAGCCGAGGGUGAUCAGCUAAAUAUUGUGGGUAUUGGAGCUGGUGCCUGGGGUAGUGUUUUUGCAGCUCUUUUGCAAAAUGCUUAUGGCCAAUUUCGAGAAAAAGUUCAGAUUAGGAUAUGGAGAAGACCCGGAAGGUCAGUUGAUAGAUCCACAGCGGAGCACCUAUUUGAAGUUAUCAAUUCAAGAGAGGAUAUAUUGCGAAGACUUAUAAGGCGUUGCGCGUAUUUAAAAUAUGUUGAAGCUAGGUUAGGUGACCGAGUCUUGCAUGCAGAUGAAAUUCUGAAAGAUGGGUUUUGCUUGAACAUGAUUGACACACCCCUCUGCCCUAUGAAGGUUGUUACGAACUUGCAGGAGGCAGUGUGGGAUGCUGAUAUUGUUAUUAAUGGCUUACCGUCAACUGAAACUCGUGAAGUAUUUGAAGAGAUUAGUAGAUAUUGGAAGGAGAGAAGAAUGUCUCCCAUUAUCAUAUCUUUAACCAAGGGUAUCGAAGCUGCACUGGAGCCUGUGCCUCAUAUCAUAACUCCCACUCAGAUGAUUAGACGAGCAACUGAAGUACCUACGGAGAACAUUCUUUAUCUUGGAGGGCCAAAUAUUGCUUCAGAGAUUUAUAAUAUGGAGUAUGCCAAUGCUCGAAUCUGUGGCGCUGAAAAGUGGAGGAAGCCUCUCGCUCAGUUUUUAAGACAACCUCAUUUCAUCGUGUGGGAUAACAGUGAUCUAGUUACUCAUGAAGUAAUGGGUGGACUAAAGAAUGUUUAUGCCAUUGGAGCUCGAAUGGUCGCUGCACUAACCAAUGAAAGUGCAACCAGCAAAUCAGUUUAUUUUGCACACUGUACAUCAGAGAUGAUAUUUAUUACUCAUCUGCUGGCUGAAGAACCAGAGAAACUUUCUGGGCCUUUGCUGGCUGAUACUUAUGUGACGCUACUGAAAGGUCGAAAUGCAUGGUACGGCCAUAUGUUAGCCAAGGGACUAAUAAGUCUUGAAAUGGGUGAUAGCAUCAAAGGAAAAGGAAUGAUUCAGGGGGUAUCUGCUGUGGGAGCAUUUUAUGAGUUGUUAAGCCAGGCUUCUUUGAGCAUCCCACAUCCUGAAGAAAACAAGCCCGUUGCACCUGCUGAGCUUUGCCCCAUACUGAAAACACUUUAUAAAAUACUGAUUAAAAGGGAGCUUCCUUCGCAAGCCAUUCUACAAACACUGAGGGAUGAAACCAUGAAUGACCCACGAGAUCGCAUAGAGAUUGCACAAAGCCAUGCAUUCUACAGACCUUCACUUCUACGACAACCUUGACCACCUGCAUCAACUUUUUUUUGUGUGUGUGUUUGAUACUAUGGUCAUAUGAUCGAAGGCUAAACAUGAUUUUUCGCCAUUAGUUGAAAAACUUUGACUCUAUUUCA